AUGCAACAGCCCGGGAAAGAGACAGCUGCAGGUGUGUUUGUGCUGGGAGGAGCAGUGGUCCUCCGCCCCCCAUCCCUGGAAGAUGUAAGGACGAGCACACCACCACCUGCCCCAUCACUCUUCACCACCAUGAACACACUCCUGAUCCUAGCCUUUGUGGGUGCCGCUGUUGCCUUCCCCAUUGACGACGAUGACAAGAUCGUCGGGGGCUACACCUGUGCGGAGAAUUCUGUCCCCUACCAGGUCUCUCUGAACUCCGGCUACCAUUUCUGUGGAGGAUCCCUUAUCAAUGACGAGUGGGUGGUGUCAGCAGCUCACUGCUACAAGUCCCGCAUCCAAGUGAGGCUGGGAGAGCACAACAUUGAAGUCUUGGAGGGCAACGAACAGUUCAUCAACUCGGCCAAGGUCAUCCGCCACCCCAAUUACAACAGCUGGACCCUUGACAAUGACAUCAUGCUGAUCAAACUGGCCUCGCCUGCCACCCUCAGCUCCCGAGUGGCCUCCAUAUCCCUGCCCAGUGCCUGCGCGCCCGCUGGCACCCAGUGCCUCAUCUCCGGCUGGGGCAAUACCCUGAGCAGUGGUGCCAACUACCCAGACCUGCUGCAGUGCCUGAACGCCCCCCUGCUGAGUGAUGCUGAGUGCAAGGCCUCCUACCCUGGGGAGAUCACCAGCAACAUGAUCUGUGCUGGCUUCCUCGAGGGCGGCAAGGAUUCCUGCCAGGGUGACUCUGGUGGCCCUGUGGUCUGCAAUGGAGCACUCCAGGGAAUCGUCUCCUGGGGCUACGGCUGUGCCCAAAAGGACAGGCCUGGAGUCUACACUAAGGUGUGCAACUAUGUGGACUGGAUUCAGGAAACCAUAGCUGCCAAUAGCUAA